ACUACUAUUAUUACCACGCUAAAAUGUCGAACACCUACCAUUCCUGCAGCACUCAUUAGUCCUCGUGCAUGCCAGUCUUUACGGUACCUUCACUCGGAGAGACUUCCGGCGAGGAAAACGUUAUCGACAGAACGAAUAAUAUCUGAAGCAGACAUGCCACAGACGCAUGUUUUGCAUAGAAAAGUGCUCGGUGCGCGAAUGUUUAUAUUGAAUCGACCAGAAAAGCUAAAUGCACUGACCCUGACAAUGGUUCGGAACAUGACUCCACAAUUAAAGGCAUGGGAUGUUUCCAAGCUAGCAAAGUUCAUUCUAGUUGAGGGCGUGGGCGAUGGGAGGUUCUGUGCCGGAGAUGAUAUAUUAGAUAUCCUUCUCAAAGUCAGGUCAAAGGAUCCGGAUUCUUUGCACUUUUUCCAAGAAAAGUUUCGGCUGGCCCAAAUGAUUUCGACAUUGCAAACUCCUUAUAUCACCUUGCUGGAUGGCUAUGCUUUGGGUGGAGCAAUAGGUUUAUUCGCUCAUGGACCAUUUCGCAUUGCCACAGAACGAACCAUCUUUGCAACGCCAGAGGCAGGCAUUGGCUUGUGUCCCAGCUCAGGAGCUAGCUUCUUCCUAUCCAAAUUGGACGGGGAAAUUGGAACUUACCUGGCAUUGACAGGGAGUCGGGUAGAAGGAGUUGAUACAUUCUAUACGGGCAUUGCGACACACUAUGUACCGUCUGUACGAUUAGGGGCGUUGGAGGACAGGCUCAUUGAUCUUGAAACAUCCGACCACGAGAUCAUCCAUCGGGUGAUUGAAGAGUUUGUGGAACCUUUGUCGGCCGAUAAAAUAGGCAUGCCACAAUCGAUGCGCCAGACGAUCGACAGAUGCUUCCGAUACAAUUCGAUUGAUGAAAUACUCGCUGCACUCGACCGCGAAAAAUCAACGGCAUGGAUCCGAGAAACACGACAAAAGCUCCUAUCGACCUCACCCACGAGCCUCAAAGUCACUCUAAAAGCACUACGCAAAGCGCGCCAUUCGAUGACCCUCUGUGAAAGUCUAAAAAUGGAAUUCGAUCUUGUCCAAAAGUUCAUGGUGACCAGAGACUUUGACCAAGGCGUCGACUCCUCCUUCCUCAGCAAACCACGACGAAAACCGCAAUGGGAUCCACUUCAUAUCUCUGAUCAUGAAAUCGACCAAUUGUAUUUCAGCAGGCCAUCGCCCAACGACCUCACUUUCUUGUCCAAUCUGGAUAUGCGCCAAUACCCUUAUGCCCGAUACGCCCUGCCCUCUGAAAAUGAAGUGCGGCUGUCUAUCACUGGCGAGGGCUCCGAGUUUCAACCACAGGAGGGGAACACGAAUAGCGGGCGGUUAAAAACAAAGGCCGAAGUCAUGGACUGGUUUGUCAAAGGAAGCCGUGGGAAGCGAGGCGUCAGAGAGAAAAUUCAAGAUAUUCUGGAUCGCAAGACCGUUUUGGCCGAGGACGGAUCUACUUUGAUCUGGAAAGAAGAUGACGAUCGCUAUCAUCAUCCUCAUUAUUAAAGAAAGACUCCUCGCCGCUCCCCAUAUGUUGUGUACAUACAAUCCUCUACAUACAAACUAGUUCUUUUCCUUCCCUUCCUUUGUUAUAUAUACAUUGAUAUCACUACCCUAUUACCAUCAUUUUUGCUUUCACAUUCCUUCUCCCUCCUCUCUCCUAGCCUCGUCACCACGACUACCGCCAUAGCACUGUUUCUAUAUUAUCAAACGAUUACUAUACACCACUGCAAUGUAUGUCUCCUUUUUAUCUUUAAAAGUGCCCGAAGAGAUAUCUUCAGCAUAUUAAACCCUGCUUAAACCCAGGGAAUCCUUCAAAUUGUAGAAUAUAUAUAAUUCUAGAUACUAAAACUCUUUGGUGGCAGUAUUUAUGCCCUUUCCUACUUC